GAUAUAACAUCUCACACUGAAGCAUUUCGAAGACCAAUUCCCACUUCAGACUCCUACCCAAUAAGCGAGAUGCAACGCGAAGAACAGGAAAGACAUUUAUUAUUGCAGGAUAUAACAUCUCAUGCUGAAGCAUUUCGAAGACCAAUCCCCACUUCAGACACCUACCCAAUAAGCGAGAUGCAACAAUCGCAUCCAACUAAAGGGGUAUUACCAGCUAUCUAUCCAGAAAAAGUGGUACAGGGUAGUCUAAUUACUAAUAUAUUUCCUAACGCACAUUUAGCAAAUAUUGCCGGGGUAAUUCGAUCACUUCGAACUGGAGAUGAUAUGCGACAUACAUCAGGGCUAGGUUUCUUUGAUUCAAUCAGACAUCUUGCUACUUCAGAAAGAUCCGCUCCUUCGCAAAAAAACCCAACUUUCUUACAUAAAAAAGAAUUCAUACGACACUUAAAUCAGACGUUACCUAAAUCCGCUGGAGCUGAUCGAUACAAUAUCCACGUUUAUAGUUCUGCCCCUCCACAGAUUUCAACAGAAAGAUCAAACCCAGAUACUCUUUGGCAACAUACUUAUGAAAAUUCACCUAUAUUUGGGCCACCUCUUCCUGAAUGGCGAAGUCAUAUCGACGAUGUAACGGUUUUGGGAAAUUCAACAGAAACUGUCUUCGGAUCUAAUGAAUCUGGA